AUGCCAAUUGAAAAAUCAAAAGAGAAUGAUGGUAGUCCCCUGAACAAUUUCUCAGGGCUCACCAUCUCAAACGAGGGUAGUUCAAAGAAUCAACAAUCUGCGAAUAACAGCCAAUCUCAACAGCCUACCUCAACAUCAUCCACCGGCUCCCCUGCUCCUUCAGGUGGCUCUAGUGGUAGCAGCAGCAGCAGCAUCGGCACCGGCCAGCCGUACGUCCCCCCCGCACGCCGUCAGCGUGAGUUCCAGCAUCAACAGCAACGCGAGCUCCGUGGUAGUGGUGGUGAUGUGAGACGUGACAACAACCGUGGUGACAACUAUCGCGACAACCGCGACAGCCGUGACAACCGCGAUGCUGGCCGUGACAGCCGUGACCGUGACAACAACCGUGUUGGUGGUGACCAACCUCGCGAGGACCGUCGUGACAGCCGUGACCGUUCCGCUGAUGUCGCCCCAGCCCCCACCAGCGAUGCCCCCCGCGACACUCGUGAUGUUCGCGACUCCCGUGACAACCGUGAUGACAAUCGUGUCGCCGAUUUCCGUGACGACCCAAGAGACUUCCGUGACAACCGUGAUGCCCGUGACUACCGUGAUGACUAUCGUGGUGGCGGCGGCCGUGGUGGUGGCGGUGACUUCUACAACAAAUCACCAGCUGGUUACAGAAACGACCGUGGUUGGUCGAACGAUGGACCUCGUGGUGGUGGCGGCGGCUAUGGAUCUUCAUCCUAUGGUCGCAACUCUGCCUUUGGAGGUGGCAGAGGUGGUGGUGGCUUUGGAAAGGGCAGACCACAAAUCGAGCGCUACUUUGACAAGUGGAACUCCUUCCGUGAUUCAAGAGUUCACAAGGAGAUUAAGAGAGAAGACUUCACUGAGUUGGAUGAGAAGCAGGCAGAGGAGAUCUUCAAGGGCAACGCAAACCAUGGUUUGGACUUUGAUGCCUACGAUGAUGAUGACAUCUCCAUUGAUACCUCUGAGCACAUCUGUGCACCAUUGAACUCCUUCAUGGAUGUUGAUCUUGGUGAUGUCCUCUUCAGGAACAUCAAGUACGCCAAGUACACCAAGCCAACCCCAGUCCAGAAGAGUGCCCUACCAAUCAUCAUGAAGGACCGUGAUCUCAUGGCCUGUGCCCAAACCGGUUCCGGAAAGACCGCAGCCUUCCUUCUGCCAAUCAUCUCUGGCAUCCUCCUUGACGGAGCCCCAGAGCCAAUGGCCCCAUACCGUCCAGGAGUCCCCCGUCCCGUCCGUCCCCGUGCCCUCGUCCUUGCCCCAACCAGAGAGCUGGCCCAGCAAAUCUAUGAGGAGUCUGUCAAGUUCUCCUACUCGUCCCCAGUCGCCUCUGUCGUCGUGUACGGUGGUGCUGAGAUCAAUCAGCAGAUUGCCGAGCUCGACCGUGGCUGUGACAUCUUGGUUGCCACCACUGGUCGUCUCGUCGACUUCCUUUCCCGUGGAAGAGUGUCCCUCUCCCAAGUCAAGUACCUUGUACUCGAUGAGGCCGAUCGUAUGCUUGAUAUGGGUUUCGAGCCACAGAUCCGUCAGAUCAUCCAGGACAACGACAUGCCAGGCACUCGUGACCGUCAGACACUGAUGUUCUCUGCAACGUUCCCCAAGCCAAUCCAGAACCUCGCCUCUGAGUUCUUGAACAACUACAUCUUCCUCAAGGUUGGAGUUAUCGGUACCACCCAGAACAUUACUCAGCGCAUUGAGUACGUCCAGGAGGAUGAGAAGAACAGCUACUUGCUCGACUUCUUGUCCACUCUCAAGUCGGACGCCCUCACUCUGAUCUUUGUCGAGACCAAGCGCCAGUGUGACUCGUUGACCUACUUCCUCAACUCCAAGCAGUUCCCAUCGAUCUGCAUUCACGGAGAUCUCAGCCAGUAUGAGAGAGAGAGCGCACUCAACAGCUUCCGUAACGGCCAAACCCCUUACUUGGUUGCCACUGAUGUCGCCUCCAGAGGACUCCACAUUCCAAACGUUCUCUACGUCAUCAACUUUGACCUGCCAACCGACAUUGACGUCUACGUCCAUCGUAUCGGUCGUACCGGUCGUGCUGGAAAGAAGGGAUCUGCUAUCUCCUUCUACAAUGAGAAGAACAAGUCCGUUGCCUCUGACUUGGUCAACCUCAUGAGAAAGUCCAACCAGGACGUCCCAGACUGGUUCGAGCGCACAACCUUCUCAUCCUACGGCAAGCCCAAGCACACUCCUCCCCAGAAGUCGAGAUUCAACGACUCUCCAUUCAGCAGAGGUGGUGGCUACCGUGGUGGUGGCGGCGGCGGUGGCGGUGGUGGUAACGAUGACCGCUUUGGUGAUAGCCGUGGAAGCGGCGGUGGCGGUGGUGGUCGUAGCGACAGCAGAAGAGGAGGUGGUGGCGGCGGCGGUGGUGGUGGUCAUGGUGAUGACUGGAGCAGCCAUCACAACUACUUCAACAAUGGAGGACAAUACCAUUAA